AUGGACAUCCCCUCAGCUUCUAUUUCGAUUGAGAAUACUGUUGACAUGCAUUCGAAAUCUGAAGAAAUUCCGAAAGCUAGUGAGACUGGCAAUGAUGGAACCAGUAAUACUUGGGUAUCGUGGACUCCUGGCAGUGAGUGUGCGAAAGGACCUUUGAAAACAUUUCAUAGGAAGACUAAGACUGGGUGUAUAAGAUGUAGGAUAAGAAGGGUGAAAUGCGAUGAAUGCCAACCAAGUUGUCUCAAUUGUAAACGGCAUGGAGUGGAAUGCAAGUACGAAUCUAGUACAUCCAGAAAGGUUCCAGAGAAACCCAAUACGGAAAACGUCACUGCCAAAGAACUACGGACUAGAUUUCCUGAGACCGCCGAAAGACGUCUACGAGAACUUACCCUGCUUCAUCAUUACACAACCAACACGAGCCGAACAGUAACAUUUACUAACUCAGCCAACCCCGACCAAACUGCUAUCGAUAUCUUCACACAAAUUGUUCCUGAAAUCGCUCUAACAAACGAAGCACUCCUAUACUCUAUCUACUGUAUAUCCUCCCUCCACCUCAACAACCGCGCACCCGCAUCCAGUAGCAAACCACCCACUUUCACUCCCAACACAUCUCUAGUAGACGCCUACACCUACCUCGACACAACUCUCCAACUCCACCGCCACGACAUCCACCACCUCACCCCCCAAAACGCCGACGCCAUCUGUCUCACCUCCAGCCUUCUCCGCGUCUGCGCCUUCGCCAUGCUUCAAACCCGUUCUCUAUCCCCCUAUACUCCUCCCUCCGACUGGAUAAACAUCACCCGCAGCGCAUCGAUGGCUUUCAAAACCGCGUGUCAGUGCAUCUCAUCCCGAGAUCUAGACGCCAACGACGAAGCGCAGAAGAAAAGCGUGGCGUGGAUGUUUGUGAAACGAAUGCCGGUUUUGGCUCACCCUGUGGAAAUGUUCGAUCGGGAAAAUGCGGAGAAAUUCAUCCAUUUAUUGAGGAGAAAUCAUACGGAUGGGAAAAAUGAGGAGUGGAGUGAAGAAAUUGAAAAAGCGUAUUUGUCUACGAUUUGUUUUCUGGGAUAUGUGUAUAAACAUGUUGAAGCGAAAGCGAAUCCAGCGGUAAUUACACGAUUGUUGAUUAGUUUUCCAUUUUUUAUCGAGCAGCGCUUUGGGGAGUUGGUUAGCGAGGGGAGAGAUAGAGCGUUGGUUUUGUUGGGGAUUGUGUUUGCGCUGUUUGUGAGGGUUAGGAAGAUUUGGUGGAUUGGGGGGUGUGGAGAGAGAGAGGCGAGGGGAAUAUUGGAGGUGUUGGGGGAUGAAUGGCGGGAUGUGAAGGAGGAGAUUGGGGAUUUGAUUAGAGAGGGUGAGGUGGAUGUGUAUGAGUUUAUAUGA